AUGCUCUGGUGGUACGCUCACCACGGUCGCCUUGCAAACGCUGGCUCGAACUGGGGCGCUCUUAUCCGUGUGGACAUAUGCAUCAAUGUCCACCAGGUUGAACGCAUGAAGGCUGUGGAGUCUACAGGGUCGAUCACUUCGGAUACUAGCAUGAAAUACUGGACUACUGUCAAUAACAGUACGUCGGACAUCGACGAAGACAACAUGCGCGUGCAUUUAACUUAUUUCUCGAUGGAUGCGAAGACAAACGACGGCCUAGUUCUUGGUGGUUCCACCACCAGUGAACGUGCUCCGUAUCUUGCUUCCAUCGGCGACGGCUGUCUUCUCCUCGUGUGGGAAGGAAGUUCCACGAGCGGAGAUCUCGAUGAGAAGGUGACCGUGGGCUGCAUGAUGAUCGGUGACUGGUAUCAGGCGCUGAAGACGUUCCCCGGCGGGGAUGUGACAUACCAGUCUAUGGGCACAACGCGUUCUUCGGCUGCUAAGACCUGA